AUGAUCCGUGGAACAGCAUUACUCCUCGCAGACGCGAGUGUAAUAGAUCACAUUGACGGUCUGUACUCACAAUCCGCCCUACUCAAACAGAUCAUCCUGCCAUCUUUAUGCAUCGUCAUCUGCAUGCUGGGCCUGUGUGGGAACGGGCUCGUCAUCUUCUGCUCGAUGUUUCUGAACAGCAACAGCAAAACAUGCACAGAUGUCUAUGUCGCCAAUUUGGCAAUUGCGGACUUCAUCUUCGUUUCUACCAUCCCGUUCUGGGCCUUCGACCUUAUUCAAGACGAGUGGAUCUUUGGAAAUGCUGCUUGUCGAGUUUUCUCGUUCGUGACUUUUUUGAAUAUGUCAUCGUCCAUUCUGCUUCUGAUGGCAAUGGCUAUAGAUCGCUACCUGGCAGUGGUCAUCGCCAUCAACUCGCGGCCUUAUCGAACUGUUCGAAACUCGAUGCUCUGCUCGUUACUAGUCUGGUGUAUUUCAAUCGUUUUCUCGUUACAAGCCUUUGCCUUUCGCCAAGUGACCUACAUCAACAACAAAAUUUUGAACAAACAACAAGCGCACUGCGCCUGGCUAUUUCCGGGAGAAAUCGGCUCGGAGCAGCACGAGUUCUGGUUGAAUGUUCAAAUUACCUCCCGUGUUGGAUUUGCCUUUAUUUUGCCUUUGAUAGUCAUCACUUACUGCUACACUUCAAUAUUCGUUUUCCUCAGAAAACGGCGCUUCAAGGAAAACAACCAGAAAUCUGCCAAGAGACAAGGCCGCCAAUUCGAGCGAAAAAAGCAACAUGACAAGUCGACCCGACUCGUGGCCUCGGUGAUUCUGAUCUUCUUCGUCUGCUGGUUGCCUAACCAAAUUUCCAAUUUGCUGCAUCGAAUCUAUCCAAAUUGGAUUUCUUUCAACCUUGAUUUGGCAACAUCGAUUGGGGGAAACAACACGAGUACCAACGAUCUCGAGGAUCCAGUCCAGACUCAAAGUAGCUUCCAUAUGGUCACUGUUAUCCUCGCUUGGUCGAAUAGCUGUAUAAACCCGCUGCUUUACGCAUUCCUGAACAAUUCCUUCAGAACGAGGCUGAAGAGUCUUCUAACGAGACGGAGAGAAAGAAUUCUAGCAAGUCAAUAUCACUCUGGUGCCAAACUCAUUCGCGAUACCGACUUUCCCAAUUCUGACGCUACGAAUUCAACUUACCUAACAGCCGGCGGAUUAACCCCUAAGCUUCAAGGAUCCCCUCGUCUAGGCCCUUUUCAGCUUGGAUCCUUUCUUACCCCAAGGACAACGACAACAGCCAGUAACAAGACGGAAAUUUCAAUCGUUACUAAUGACCUCAGAUCCAGCGUGAAAAUGAGCAACUUGAAUAUGUAG